AUGCCCCGCGUACGCUCUCUCCGCACCAAGACCCUCUCCUCGAAGCGUGAUGUGUCCCCUGGCCCUCCCUCUCCCACAUUUACCGAGACGACGAACGCUUCCGUCCUCAACUUUGGUCCCGAAGGCCCAGAGAAGAUUAUAACUCGUGCGGACCUCAAGGCUGGCCUACAGUCCUACGAUGACCUUCUGAAUAAGUGCGCGACGUACCGUGCUGCACUUCUGAACAUGGCUAGGGCAACGGCAGGCUUUGCGGAUGCGAUGGAAAUAUGCUCGGGGCUCAAGGGCCCAACCUACGAGUCUGGGACCCGGAUGCAGGCAGCGGCGGGCCUGCACCAUCUCAUGGGCAAUCACUAUCAUGUCAUGGCGGAAACGCUCGACAAGCAGUUCGAGAAACCGCUCCGGCAACACCUGGAGAAUUACCGCACGGUUGUCACGGAUCGAUCCAACGGAUACGAGAAAGCUCUGCGGGAGAGGAGCAAAAUUAUCCGCCAAACCGAAAUGGGUAACAUGAAGCAGAAGGGCAGAAACCUUCAGUCAUUCCGCGAAGCAUUGGUUGUCUUGCAGCGACAAGUCGACGAGCUCGAUGAGCUAAAGGCCAGCCAUUAUCAGGAGAUUGUUGAGCACGAAGAGGAGGUGUGGGACUUCGUACAAGGGAAAGUCUGCCUGGUCGUGCGAUCCACAAUGGAUGUGUUUGACAGGCUUACCUCUAAAGCCUCUGAUCCUGUGAUAGAGCCAAUGCUGCAAACGAUACCCGACCCCUUCGAUUCCUACGGUCCGCCUCCCGCGGAGGACCAGAUCUUCACCAUCCUCCCUCCCUUGUCUGUCAUCGCCAACAACGCUUCAACAGCCCCGAGUCCCUUGUCCGCGUCUACCCCCGAACUUGAAAGCAGUGAUGGGCUUCCCUCAAGCAAGAACUCCUGGUCGAGCACAGGGGGCUUCUUCCCUGAUACCGCUGCGGCUUGGGCCGAUGUGCCGUCGAAUUCACCACCAGCAAGCACAGGCACUGCGUCUGGCACUACAUCUCCGGUGCGCUCCGCUUCGCCUCCAGCUAUACGACUCGCAGGUCCCACCAAGCGACACUCCCACCCCUCCGCAUCCUACUCCCACCACUCCCGCAAGUCGGAAUCCAAACUCCGCAGCGUCCUCUCCGUUCUUGACGAGGACGUGUCCGGUGGCGCAUCCCGCACCCCACGACCAAACGGCACCGCAGUCGACGGCGAAGAAGGCCACGCAAGAACCCUCUCCACAGAUUCUGGCGUAAGCCUCUCGUCCUCAAGCGGCAAGUCCCCCGACUAUGGCCAGUCCGACGCCGCCGUGUGGGCGAGCAAGCUCCCAGAUACUUUCGGCGGACCGGAUGGGGGCAUGGAGAGCGUAGGCGGUGAGGACACUACUCCACGUAACACACUCCGAGUGCGCACCCAGUCCCCAGGGAUGCCGUCCUUCGAGUCCCCCGAGCGUAGCCGGAGCCCGCACUCGGACGACACGGCUAUCCCUUCACCCGUGCCUUCCUCAUGA